AUGAGACGUGAAGGAAAGGAAGAAGGAAACAGUAGACGGAGGAAGAGAAGCCUGUUUCGCCACCUGCUGGUCAUCAGUGAAAACUACAGUUUGAGUGCUGCACCUGAAAGAUCACAGAGCAGAGUUUCCACCUGCUGCCGGCUGCACGUUGACGACCAUCAGCAGGUAAACAGACGCAGGGAGCAGCAGCUGUCAUGAAGGAGUUGGUGUUCCUCCUGCUCGUGGUGACCGAGGUGACCUCCAGGACUCGCAGCAGCUGGUGUGAGCGGGGCUGCGACUGUCGAGGAGAUCUCAAGUUCACCAUCUGCUCUCGGGCCCUCUUCACUCAGCUGCCCGGCAGAGUGGCCCCCGGCACGGAGCUCCUGGACCUGUCCGACAACAACAUCUCCGUCAUCCCAGAGCGCUCCUUCAGCAAGACCCGCAAGCUCCGCGUCCUCCUGCUGCAGAACAACAACAUCAGCGUGGUGGAGGACGGAGGCUUCUCGCAGCUGGAGUUCCUGCAGAAACUGGACCUGAGCUGGAACCAGAUCUCCACCCUGACGGAGGGGUUUUCCAUCGGCCUGGCUUCGCUUCGGGAGCUACUCCUCACCCACAACCGCCUGACGAGCCUGGACAGCCUCAGCUUUGUGCACCUGGACAGCCUCCAGAGGUUAAACCUGACCAGCAACGCUAUCUACACCAUCCAGGUGAGGUCCUUCUCCUCCAUGAGCAGCCUGCGGCAGCUCCACCUGAAUGGCAACCGGCUGGCAUCUCUGCGGAAUGGCAUCUUCUCCAUGCUGCGCUCCCUGGAGCUCCUCAACCUGGCCGGGAACCACAUCAGCGAGAUGGAGAUGUUUGUCUUUAAGCCGCUCGUCAGCAUGACUCUGCUCAACCUGGCCAACAACCACCUGUCCACGCUCUCCUUCAAGACGUUCCAGAGCAUCCACACCUACAGUACCCACAUCCUGCUGGAGGGGAACCCCUGGAACUGCGACUGUGACCUGCAGAGACUCUUCCGGAAGCUGCGCAGCAUCCAGAGGCUCUUCCUGGAUGACUACUACAACCUGACCUGCGAGGAGCCGGCCGUCCUGCAGGACUACCUGCUGAUGGACGUGGACACGGAGCUGUGCAUCGCCGAGACGGUCACCGUGCUCGUCAUCACCAUCACCGUGGUGAUCACUGUGCUGGCCGCCAUGCUGAUGGGCGAGAGGAAGAGGAAGAAGAAGAAGAGGGGGAAGCACUGGACGCAGCAGGGGGAGCAUUCAGAUGAGUCUGACUACUGAAGCCCACA